AACAACACUUUAUUCGGUUGGCACCACAAUAAUUGAAUAUAUUUCCCGACAAGUGUGGUACUACACUACUCGGCAUUUCUUUCUUCCAAUCAAAGAACAGCAUACCUAAAAAUGUCAUUGAUCGAAGAUCAUUUCCUUCUUCAACCUCUCAUCACAAACACCACCACCACCAACACCUCCGGCGGAAACGAAGAAGACGUCGGUUUCGGCCCUAGUGAUGAUUCUCACUCUUUCAAAAGCAUUAGCAUCCGUUUCUUAUCCAUCUUCUUUGUUGCAAUAAUCUCUCUGUGGGCAAACUAUGAAGCCUCCAAAGGUUUCGAAAUCAACAUCAUCAGCGAAAACCACGAGUCCUCCACCGCUUCGCGGCGGUUUAAUCUCUUAUACGUCUCAAACGACAAAAUAAGUCGAGUUGUUCUUAAUACAAGUGAAUUCGUAGAAAAUAUUCUGUAUCCACCUAAUGAAUCUCACGUGAAAAAGACGAUAACCCGCAUAACGGUUCGGCUUGCUGAUCAAAAUCUGACGAAUCCAGUAGUCGUCAAUCAUCAGAACACAGGAGAAUUUGAAAUUAUCAUUAGUCCUUCGUUGUUGUUGCUGGAGGAGAAGAGAAAUGUGGAUAAGGAAGUAGUCAUGGCAGUGCAACGAGGUAUGGCUCGUGUUUGGAUAUGGAGUUAUGGGGAUUAUCAUGGUGUGCCAGAAUCGCUAAUACAAGGUAUCGAAGAAUAUGUUGUUGGGAACUCAGUUGGGUUUGAUUACCAGCCAUCAUUGUCAAAUUCCGGCAAGAAGAGGUUGCCGGCGGAUUCUGAGAACACAUGUUGGAAGGAUAAGAAUCCUGUAAAUGUUGCUCGCUUCUUGAGAUAUUGUGAAGGUAUUAAGACUGGGUUCAUCAGACGAUUGAAUCAAGGUAUCCGAGAUUGUUGGGAUGAAAAACAAACGCUAGAUGAUGCAUUACUUGGAAUAUCAUCUGUGAAGCUUUGUGCGGAUUAUCAUUCUUCAAAUGGUAUGGUGUUAGCUGGAUGAUUUAUUGGAGCCACAUGGGAACAAUAAUUAUAUGACGUGCAGUGAUUCCCACCAAUUCUGGUUGCAGUCUUUCCAAACUUCACUUGUGGUUAAGAGUUGUGUUAGGUGAGUGGUCCAGAUCUUAGCUCUCAAUGCGACAACAUUUGUAAUGUUGGAUAGAAUAAGAUUUGAUUUAUUUAUUAAUGUUUUGGGGAAUUUUCUUUUUCAAGUUCAUGUGAUUGAGCAAUAAAAAUAUUCCAUACAUAGAAUCUGAAAUGAAUCCAAAUCUGUUCACGCUUUCA